CUAGCGGGGAAUCAGACGCGCGCACCGCACCGUUGUGUUGUCGCGUGACGUUGCGAUGCGCGCUCCCGCCGCCGUGUAUUCGGGGUCGGAGUUCGUGGGUAAAAACAAGAUGGCGUCCGGCGCGCCCCGGACCCCCCGCCGCCUGUGACAGGGGUGACUGAGAAGUGUGACAGCGCAGAGAAGAGGCGGACUGCGGCCACUGCUGCUCCUGUUCAGUCGCUGAAGUCCCCCCUGCUCUGUGUGCGAGGCCAGCCCGGAAACAACAAAGAGAAUCACACUUAAUACAACAAACCAAGUGAUAUCUCAGCUGUUGACUUCCAUGAUAUUUGUGGACAUGAGGACAUCGAUUAUCCUGAUGAUCAAUUCCACAGUAAGUAGCCAAAAUGAUGAACCAUUCAUUAGAAAACUCCAUUCCGUAUGAAGAUUAUUUGAGAAUGAAAGCUCAGACAAUACCCCCACACCGAAUGAAGGAAUUCUUAGAUUCGCUCAAUGGAAAGGGCACUGAGGAAAUGCAACAGUUUGUACACUCUCCAAUUUCUGUCUAUCAACAAAGGAACCAUUUCUUUUACAUGGACAGUGCAGAUGUGGCUGGGUCUUUGUUGGAGCUUGCAAGGCCCAUUGCAUCUCCAUUGCAGCACUCUACAGUAAGUCCCGGAGGUCCUCUUGAUCAGCAUCACCUUCCAAUGCACCAUGUACAGCUGCGACAGAGCCACAAUGUUGACGUUCAGCAAGGCCAGACAAAUAAGACUUUGCAGCAGCAGGUUGAUGGACAGCCUGGUUCUGAUGGACAGAAUGCUAGCAUUGUUGGUACUUCAGCCUCCCAGGAUAGGAGGUCCUGCUCAUCAGGGUUAUCUCAACCUGUAAAAAAAAGAAAAUUUGACUUGCCAAUUGAAGACUGCUACACUGUUAAUCACACAUCCAUGCAAAAUGCUCCUGCUGCAGUCCUUGCACUGCCUGUGCAGAGCCAGCAGCAAGCCUACAUUCCUCUUCGCCAAGAGCUUCUAACUGUAGAUAGUAGUCAGUUAUAUGGACUGGUACCUGCGAGUACAUCUACUGCUGGACAGUUACCUAAUGUGGAGUCUUGGGCAAUAUUUUCGGCCCAUGCUACUUGCCCUGAGUCUCAAACUUUAAUAAAUAAUUCCGUGCCUCAGGAUAACUGUGGAUUGGUGCAAAUGGGAGAAAUUCCAAUGAAUCCUAGCAGCAUUAAAUUAGAAGAAAGCAAAGAGACUCUUGAAGCAAAAAAGAAUAUCUGUGAUAAAAUGGCACACAAUUCUGGCACAUCGGGGUUUCCUAUGUCAAUACUAAACAUGAACGGAAAUAUUCAAAUUCCAUUAUCUUUACAAACAGGGGGACGUGUAUACCAGUCUUCAAAAUACUGGGAUCAGCAAGUGCAGCCUCAAGGGUUGCAGUGUUCCACACCUGAGCCACACCUCCGAUUACAAAGUAAUGCUGAUUUUCCUUACACCCUUAAACCAGACGAAGGAGCUUUACUUUGGAAGACUUGGGCACAGAUCAAAAAUGCAGAAACAUUGAAAGAAGCCGAAAACAAAUUGUGGUUUGGAAGAAGAAAGCCCCUCAUGUUCAAGGAGGAUGUUCUUUCAGUGCCAAUUGCAGAACUAAAUUAUGGCUUGUGCUUGAUAACCAAAGAAGCAAAAAAGCACGAUGGUUCUUCAUAUGAUGAAGACAUGCUGUUUUAUUUACUACUUUGUCUACAAAAGCAUAUGUUUGACAACAACAGAAUUGACAAUAUCUUUGCUGACCUUUACUAUUCCAAGUUUUUGGAAAAGCUUCAUGAAGUACUUAAAGAGUGGUGUCCACGUGUAAAUCCAUUUGGUUAUAUUAUUGCAAGCUGCAUAUCUGAGGAGAUGUUAUGGGACUGCAAGCAGCUAGGUGCCCAUUCACCUACAACAUUACUUUUCACUCUCAUGUAUUUCAAUACCAAGUAUUUUGUUUUGAAGACUGUGGAGCAGCAUUCACAACUAGCUUUCUCCAAGAUCACAAAGCAGACUAGGAAGAACCCUGGAAUAGGAAAAGACAAGAACUGUACAAUACGAUUUUUGAGGCUCUAUGGUCAAGUUCAAGGUGGCUUAAAAGUAGCAGAAGAAACAUACGUGGAACAACUUGAAAAUCCAGAUAAUCCUUUGCAGUGUCCAAUCAAACUGUACGACUUCUACCGCUUUAAAUGUCCUCAAGGGGCCCGAGGACCUACAGAUGCCUUCUAUUUGGUCCCCGAACCAGUGGUCGCCCCAAAUAGCCCUAUCUGGUACUCUGGACAGCCUGUGAAUGAGGAGGUGAUGGAGCAAAUGUUAACGCGCAUUUUAUUGGUUAAAGAGGUCCAGGAAACACAUGCCUCAUCCCGCAUUUCUGCAUACUAAUGACUUGCUUGUAUAUCCUUGUUUUCAGUCUUUUGUAUAUACAAUGCAUUUGUAAAGCAUGAUAAAAAAACACAUAGAAUCUUUACCUUACUGUACUUUAUUCCACACAAAAGCCAGUCGCUUUCACUAUACAAAGCAAUGGUUGACCAUUAUCUAUGUUAAUAUAUUUGCAAGAAGCACAUUUUGCAGAAUUGAUGUUUGUUAUGAAAUAAUUUAUGUUGGCACCACAUUGGGCACUAUGUUACACUGUUUAUACAGUUCU